AUGUCAUUUCCCGACAUACACACUUGCAUUAAGCUGACUGCUGAAAAUGAAGACCUUAGAAAGAAGUUACUUCGUGUGAAACAGCAGCGUGAUGCUUACCACUCAGAGUUAACGUCCCUGAAGGAAAAAGCUAAAGUGGACGCAAUACUGAAGACAUAUGUUACAACAAGAGAGUCCUGCACACAGACUGAUCCAAGUAGAGUUUGGCAUCCUGUUGCUCCAAAGAAAAAUGAGGAUACUAUUGCCAACAGGAUCACAGAAGGGGACAAGACAAACAGGUUGAUGUCCAUGCAUAGUAAUGUUAUGAGAAGAUAUGAGAAGGAAGUGAAACAUAACUUAAGUCACUUAGAGACAAUCACAGAACUACAGAUGAAGAUAUCUACCUUAGAGACUAGAUUACAAAAAGAAAGGGAAAAUGUGCAGCAAAUGGAGAAAGAGAUACACACAUUGAAAGUUUCAAAGGCUACAGCGAAGAUAAAAGCGGGAAACGUAGGCAAGCAGGGAAAGGAACUCUUCUCUGAUGAAGAUGAUUCACAGGACAGACAUAUAUUCAGAGAGUGUAGAAAACUUCGCAAGGAAAACAAAAAAUUAAAAGAGGAGUUGAAAGGCCUAGACUUAGGAUUUUUUGAAGAAAUAGAAGACAUUAAAUUUGCCUUUCAACAGUCUGCCAAACUGAACGUGGAAUAUGAAAAGACGAUAAAGAAACUAUGUAAACAAUACAGUGUACCGUAUCCUUAUCCAGAACGAACAGUUAAAUGAGACAAGGAGAGAACUGAUGCAUUUCUGUGAUAUGAACUUAUUCUUAUUCUAUUUAACUUGUACUUUAACAAUAUUUUGCAUUUCAUGUGUUAUGCUUUUUUUAACUGGUAAUGCAACUUAUGGACCAUAAUUGAACUGACGUGGAACAUUGCUUGAGAAUCCUCACACCUGCCAGUUUAAUAGCAAGGAAAUACCAAGUACCAGUACAAGAGUUUAAAAUAUGUGCUUUUUACUCAAAAAUACAUGAGAGUUCUCAUUUGAGAGAGCCUUACUUCUUUCCUUUGAUAAGGACAGAGAUUUUUAAAUGACAUAAAAUUUAAAUAUUGUUGUCGCAAUUGAAUUAGAUGAUAUUUUGCAUAUAUGUUGAAAUGUGUGAAUUCUAGGCAGACGUUGAUUUCUGUUAAUGUUUUUUAGCGAUUUCAAGCAGAGUUAUGGCACUUCCUUGACAUAAAAAACUGUUAAAAUUUGGUUAUCUUACCAUAAGUUUAGAAUGCCUCAAUAAAAUUAAAUAAUAUUUGUACUUGUAUAUUUAAAUAUGAAAAGUCUAGGCCAAAUUGUAUUUUCACUAAUUUCAUGGAA